AGUAUCUCAAUUUCAAGUAGAAAUACUUAAUUUGCUUCAAAACCCCGACAAUUUCUUUAAGUUACACUUGCUUUCUCUUUCUUUCUCUCCUUCUUUACGCAAUGGCAGAUACUCUUAAAGACAUACCUGAGUUCUUUGAGUGUGAGCUUGGUGAGUCUAUUGUUUCUCGCACUGAAGCUCUAGGUUCCUUUCGAGAACUUGGUCCUCCUGACUUGUGCCAUAUCAUUAAAAUUAACGCGAAACCUGGUGUAAAAGAGAUUGGUAGUUAUCAUUAUAUUUCUGGAGUUGAUGCUUCUUCCUCUGCCUCUUUAGCUGCUUAUUUGAACUCACUCACUUAUUCUAUGGACGAGACACAAUCAUGGUUUACGAAGUCUAAUUCGUGGCGCAUUCGAUCCGGUAUCUAUUGUUGCUACAAUGCAUUUUCUCGAGUCGAUAUUCGUGUAGAAGUAAAGAUCCCUGGUGGUGUCGAGACUUAUUAUGUUGAUGUGCGUGGUGAAAGGCAUGAAGCUACGACUGAAAUGUGGCAAGAAACUUAUGUAUCGGCUGUCUUGAGAGCAAUUUUAUACUCAGAUGAUAGUUAUUAUCGUUUAGCAGGCUAUCGAAAAAUUGAUCCCAUCACCAAUAUUAGUGCAGAAACUCGAUUUUUGGAAGCAGUUGAAGCUUUGUUUUGGAAAGGAUGGCAAUUAGGAAGCAAACCGGAAAUUCAGGUGGCAACAUCAGUGCAUAAUCAUUUGACAGAUGGUAUUAUGAAAUACUUUGAAGAUAGUUUUCGAUACGGUCCUGCUAUAGAGCUAUUUAAAAAACUUCACAAAAAAGAUCCUGAAGUAGGUGCUCUUUUAGCGAAAGCAUUUGUGGGUCAGCAUGAAGAAAUCAAAGCAGUCAAGGUUUUGUACGAAGAUCUCAAAUUGGUUCCUACCAGCUUUCCCUUAUUACAUACGCAAGUAGACUUUUUACGUAGCAAGGGUGAACAUCAAAUGGCUUUAAAAUUGGCUAAAUAUGCAGUAGAUACUACACCAUCUGAAUAUUUGACCUGGGCAAAAUUAACAGAAGUAUACAUUGAUCUAAAAGACUAUAAAAAUGCUCUUUUGACUUUAAAUUCAUGUCCCAUGUUUACUUACAGUGAACGCGAUAUGCAUCGUAUGCCUCCUCCUCAAAAAACACAUUUACCCAUCAAACCCGAAAUUGUUAGCUCCGGUAUCAUGGAAGAAGAUGCAGCAGGACGAGAAUCUGAGGCUGACCCUACUAUCUCAAGACUUCCUGCUCCUGCACUUCAUGGUACUUUUGCCAGAGCUUAUUCGCUCUUGACUAAACUCGUGAGUGCCCUGGGAUGGGACGAGCUCCUGAGAUAUCGCUCUGAGGUGUUUGUCAUGGAAGAAGAGUAUCGAAAGCACAAAGAAAAAGAAGAAUACCGAAAAAGUGCAGCAGCACUUAAUCCUGAAGAAGUAGCCAAAAAGUUGCAAGAAGCAAGCAUUCAGAAUAACGAACUCGAGAUACCUAAACAAGCUGCUGAAGACGAAAAUCCUAAUGCAGAACAGGAGGUGACCUUGUCAUUCGGUAACAAGCGGUUAUGUGAGCGAUGGUUAGAUAAUCUGUUUAUGGUGUUGUAUGAAGAUCUGAGAAUCUACACACAUUGGAGAACAGAAUCAGCACAUUACAAGAUGCAGAAAUUGGCAUAUAGAAAGACGGGCACAGAGUGGGAAUUGCUGGGUGAUCUCUCUCUUCGAUUAUGGCAUGAGAAAGAAGCAAAAGAAGCAUAUGAGCUUUGCUUAGAUCAUAAAUUUUCUGCAAAAGCAUGGAUGAAAUUACUACAAAUCUAUGCCAAAGAAGGAAACUCACAAAAAGCACUGUUGGCAGCUGUCAAAUUGACAGUCUAUCAUGAGAGGUGGUACCAUGAAAUUGUGUAUCCUACUGAAAUUGCCUGCAAUUUGAAUACAUUGAUUCGAAAGGCAGGGUUAUCUAAAAUGCAAAACAUUUUAACUUCAAUGAACUUGCCAAAACCGGUACAGAAACUUAUGACACGAUACUUUAACUAUGGUACAUUGUUCCAAGUAGAGGGCUAUGAUGCUUAG